AUGUCUACUCAAUCAAGUAGUGGUAAUAGUAGCAGUGAUAGGAGCCCAGAUACAUCUACAGUAAAUAAAGGUUAUAAUACUCCUAUAUCAAAUAACUUUGACGAUAAUUUAAAAUAUACUGGCCCAAAUACUAGGUCACGAGCACACCAAAAUAAAAGAUACCAUAGGAAAUCUAGAAGUGUAGAAUCAUUAUUCUCUGAUACUAGGGGAAAUAUUUCAACUUCAGUACCUUCGGAUCAAAUAGGUGAAGAAAAUACACCAAAACAAAUAAAUAAAAAUACCGAACUACUCGGUUUAAAAUUUUUGGGGGUGGAUAAUUCGUGUACCAUUUCCAAAAUGAACAAUACAGUUCUUUCAUUAGAAACAGACAUUAAAUUGGUUCCUUUUUUCAAUGGUGAAGAUUCAGCUGAUAUCUAUCCUUAUCUUAGCGCAUGUGAUUUCGUAAUGUCUAAUGUCGAUAACAACAUAAAGCCAGUUUUGUUACAAGCUAUUCGUACAAAAUUAAGUAAAAAAGCUUUUGCGAUAACUCAACAUCGUGAUGUAGAAGAUUGGGCAGGACUUAAACAUUUACUCGAAUCAAACUUUUGUGCUAAACGUACACCAGGGUAUCUACAACUUGAACUUACAUCAACAAGACAGUCUCAAGGAGAGUCAGUUCAUGACUACUCUACAAAGGUUGAAAAUCUACUCAAUGAAUUAUGUAAUGUGAGCACAAAGGGAAAAUCAACCACAGAUGCCACAGCAAUACGUACAUAUAUAAAAGAAAUUACUUUAACGACGUACGUAGAAGGAUUAUUACCUCAUUUAAGAACAGUGAUUAAAUCAAGAAACUUUGAAACACUGGAAGAUGCAAUGAAGGCAAGUCUUGAAGAGCAGAAAAUUUAUCAAUCAUCAAAAGAGACUCAACGAAUACUUAAAGGAGGAAACCAAGGCAGAAAUAACAAUCAAAAGUAUUGCGAAAUUUGCAAUCGUAAUAAUCAUUUUACAAAUCAAUGUAGAUAUGGAAAUCGCGGUCAAGAUACUGGCCAACAAAAUUUUCAAUCAAAAGUACAUUCAAAUCCAAAUAAUAAAGAUGUGAAAAAGAUAACAUGUGCUUAUUGUAAUAAACCGGGACACUCCGAAGAUGUAUGUUACAAAAAGAAAAAAACAAAUAAAUCCAAUGGACAGUUUUCGGGAAACGAGCCAAGACCGAGUGGCUCGGGCAACCAAUCGGUCAAAACAUUAAACAAUAGCCUUAAACCUGCAAGAACCUUGUCAUUCAAAAUCAAAUUAAUUGAUAAUCAUGCUUUAUAUAAAAUUCCACAAUGUACAAAAUAUAUCGUAAAGCUACUUGUAGACACAGGAGCUGAUCUUAAUUUAAUAAAACUAGGCGCUCUUCACGAUGAUGUUCAAGUAUCAGACACAAAAAUAUUCAUGUUACAGGGGAUAAAUGAUCAAACAGUUAAGACCCUGGGAUUUACAAUGUUGACAGUCAUAAAUGGAAAUCAAUCUUCCGAAAGUGAAUUUCAUGUAGUUCCGACAAAUUUUCCAAUUAUGGGCGAUGGUAUUUUGGGAAAACCAUUUUUAACGGAGAAUCAAAUUGUCAUUGACGUAGGAAAAGGGGAAAUUACAUCAAAAUUAGAAAAUAAACAACUAUUCCAGCUAGAUGUGAAACAAUUAUUCCAGUAG